ACCGGCCGUGACCAAAGACGAGGAAAUAAGGUCGGAUUACAUUUGGCGAACGUGGACAGUUUGUUGUUGCCGACUUGCCGUGUGUUGUUCUCUCCCUCUUCUUUUACCCAUUUUUUCUCCAUCGUUUAUAAACCACACUUUUUUCUUUGCCUUCAAAAUAAAUAAAUAAAUAAAUAAAAACAAGUAAACGUAUUAAAAAAGCUUCUCCAAUAAAUCAGAGAGAUUCAUCGCUGUUCUUUUCCUUUCUUCAAGUUUCUGAUCCUCUUUCCACUUCCUUUCCCUUUCAGGGGAUUUAAUCGACGAUAAAGUUUCGAUUUUGCGGUUAAACUCUGCUUGUCUCUGUCGUUUUGUUCAAAGAUGGUGUCGUUUUCAAGAAUAUAGUUUCUGUUCAGGAAUCGUGGUUCAAGUUCGAUAUUGAAUCUCGUUUAAUAGGUUACUUUGUAGUGAAGUUGGUCUUUCCUUUUGUGGAAAAUUCACUGUGACCCUCGAAGGGUCCGUGCCAUAUUCAAUUUGGUUAGGGUUUGAGGUAAAAAUGGUUGAUUCAAUUGCUGCAACUUCACUACUUAGCCACCGUCCUGUUUGUGGUGGAAAUCUGAUUAGAGAUGUAUCUGGAAAGAAGAAAUCCUUGAACACUUGUAGGUUUUCACCACCUGAAUUUCUUGGUGGAAAGGUUGUUGUUUCACUGCCUUUGGUUAAAUUAAAACAAGAUCGGUACUUUUUGUCGUCAUCGAUUAAGGCUCUUGCUGUGGAGCUCACAAGAGAAGCUUAUGCUUACAGGGAAGACAAAUUGCCUAAGAAAGGUAGUAGUAAGAUUGAUGGCGGAUUUGAUCUAAAACCUGGUUUGUGGCCUCCAGAAAAUAGAGCCGAUAAGCCUUCGCUUCAAAAUCCAUUGCUUCGACAGGAGAGGAUGGGAUGUGGUUGGUUGGGUGCUAUAUUUGAGUGGGAGGGGGUUCUCAUUGAAGAUAAUCCUGAUCUUGAGAAGCAAGCCUGGCUUGCUUUAUCUCAAGAAGAAGGAAAACCUUCUCCUCCUGCUUUCAUUAUCAAGAGAAUUGAAGGAAUGAAGAAUGAACAGGCUAUUUCUGAAGUGCUUUGUUGGUCUAGGGACCGGGUGCAACUGAGUAGAAUGGCUAAUAGAAAGGAAGAAAUCUACCAAGGUUUACAAGGUGGGAUAUAUAGUCUCAUGCCUGGGUCGAAAGAGUUUGUUGGUGUUUUGAUGCAUUAUAAGAUACCGAUGGCUUUGGUUUCCACGCGGCCUAGGAAAGUUAUUGAGUCUGCUGUGGGAGAAGUUGGUAUUGAAGAGAAUUUCGGUGUUAUUGUUGGAGCUGAGGAUGUUCACAGGGGAAAGCCUGAUCCAGAAAUGUUUGAGUAUGCAGCGCAGCUUUUAAACGUCAUACCCGAGAGAUGCAUUGUGUUUGGAAACUCGAAUCUAACUGUGGAGGCUGCACAUGAUGCACGGAUGAAGUGUGUCGCUGUUGCUAGCAAGCAUCCUGUGUAUGAGCUUGGGGCUGCUGACUUGGUUGUUAGGCGCUUGGAUGAGCUUUCAGUGGUUGAUUUGAAGCAUCUGGCAGACAUUGAAACAGCUGAAUUUGGAUCUGCAGAGCUUGAGUUCGAGAUGGAGUUGGAAGAAGAUUCUGAUACAACUGUUGAUGACAGUUUCUGGUAAAUCCUAUAAAUGUACAGUCCAUUGAACUUCAUCUGAUUCUUGAUGAUAUUAGUUACAGAUUAGUUACAUGUGUAUAUGGUAACACUAAAUAGAAUAAUAAAAAUAAUUGUCAAAUUAGUGGUCUGCAUUGAACAAUGAUGUUACUGCUACUGUAUAUUUUGUUUAUACAUGCAUGGAAUUUUCAGAUUUGA